AUGUCAGUUCGUCCAGACCUUCACCAGCACUAUGUGAAGGCCUGCCAGGACUUAGGCCAACCUGAAAACCCUUUCAUUGCUCAUGUGCUUCAAGAUGCUGAUAAAAAUGAUAAAAUCAGCCAGACAGAAGAGAUCACAUUAAAAAUAGAUGGAAAUAAUAAACUGGUACCUGUGCAGAGAGUUACUGAUGAUGAUCUUCAAGUUCUUGCCUCUGUCUUAUGCCAUACUGCAUUUGUCACAGGUUUGGAUCUUAGGUUUAAUGUAUUGACUGAUGCUGGAGCAAGGCACAUAGCAACAAUCCUCCAGGAAAACUCCACUCUGCGUCACCUUAACCUGAUGUUAAAUGAUAUUGGCACAAGUGGAGCAGAGCUGAUAGCCACAGCACUUCAUAAGAAUGAAACUCUUGUGUACUUGAGAAUGACUGGAAACAAAAUAGGAAACAAAGGUGGGAUGUUCUUUGCUUCAAUGCUAGAAAUUAAUUCAACCUUAGAGAAGCUGGAUCUUGGAGACUGUGAUAUGGGUACACGGUGUCUAAUAGCAAUAGCAAUUGCCCUGAAACAGAACAAAUCACUCAAAGCAAUAAACCUGAGUCGCCCUUUGCUGUACAGCCAAGAGGAAGAGACCACAGUUCAUAUAGCUCUGAUGUUGAAAAUUAACUCUUCUCUUGUGGAACUACAUCUGUGCAAGCACGACAUGAAAAACUUUGGUGUAGAGCGACUGUGUGAGGCCUUGUAUAGAAAUUCCACCCUGAGAUACCUUGAUCUUAGCUGUAAUAGAAUAACCUGUGAUGGCGCAAAAUGUUUGCGAGAACUACUAAAACAGAACCAAACCCUGGAAAUCCUAGAUCUUCGGGCCAACAGAAUAGAAGAUGAUGGAGCCACCUUCCUGAGUGAAGCCUUGGCUUUGCACAACAGGGCUCUUCGAGCGUUGUCUGUAGUAAGCAACAAUAUAGGUGGGAAAGGACUUGUAGCUCUUUCACGUGCAAUGAAAACAAACAUGGAACUUUCCAAUAUUUACAUCUGGGGGAACAAAUUUGAUGAAGCCACCUGUGUAGCAUUUUCAGAACUAAUUCAGACAGGCCGCUUGAGCCUGCAUUGCACAGACGUGGAACCCUAUGAAGUGGAUGGGCACGUUUACCUCGCAGAGCUCUCCCAUGGCCUGCAGAAACAUUACUACUGGACACCAAGUUAUGGGGAGGCAAUGAACAAAGAUGCCAAUGCCAGUCUGGCAAUUGUGGCAGUCUCAGAAUGCUUGUGA